AUUUUGUGCCUCACUGUGAGUGGAGCUGGAAAACGUUACAAGGUAGGCCAAAAGGGUCGUUUUCAGCAAAUAUAACAGAACGAAUUGUACAAAGAGACGCUUAGCGUCAACUACUGGACAAUAAAUACUAUAUUGCGAGGUUGGACUUGGUUGUAAGGUCCGGCAAAGUAACGUUAACACCAGCUACUGACACAAAGCUGCGCUAUUAGAGUCUGAGACCAAGUGCAGGCCAGACAUUCAAAUCCAGCCUUAUUUUGGCCACCAGAUCCUCUGAGCUCAGAACAGUUAACACCUGUAAAAUGGACAGUGAAGAUGACCUGGACGUUUUGACAGCACUGCUAGAAGAGAGCGAGGGUGUCAAAGAAGAACAAGACAGUCAGGAGCAGGUAGACGACUUGGACGGCCUGUUUGAUGAAGACAAUGGUGAGGAGGAAGAGUACAAAGAGAGCAUAGAGGAGGAAGAGCAAAAUGUGGCCACAGAGGACGUAGUGUCAGAUCUCUUCGGAGAUGUGGAUGACAUUGAUAAUGAUGAGGAGGACACUGAGGGAAAAGGAAGUGGAGAAGAAGCCUGCGAGAAACUAAACAAGUCUAAAGAGGAUUUACAAGAGGAGUUGAGGCGGAUGCAGGAGCAGAUGCAAAGAUUGCAGCAGCAGCUGGAGGCCAGUCAGAAGGUUUCAUCCACAUCAUCCACCCCAGUGAGGACUACAGGAAGUUCAGCGACACCCAAACCAGCACAGACUCGACAGCCAACCGCUAAAUUGACGCAGGUCAAACCAGCCGCUGCCACACAGAAGCCCAAGACACAAGCAGCAACAUCUUCAUUCACUCCAGCCAAAGGAGGAAGCCAGACGCUCCAGGAAUCCUCAGAGUUUUCUUCUCAACUCAACAAUGCUGACUCAUUCAAACGCAAACCCAGAGUGGCUCACCACCCCAAGCCCAGCACAUCACCAGAAGACAGAGGACCACUGGUGGAGAUAAAGAUCGGCAGCUCCUUCCAGCCAGUAGAGAGCACCAGUAAGGUUUCAGCACCUCGGCAGUCACCUCCAGCUUCCCACCACAGACCUGCACCAGCGGCAUCAGCAGGACAGUCUAAACCUGCUUCUGUUCCUUCUCUUCCUAAAGACGUGGCUGUUGAGAGAUACUCAGGACUGCGGCUCAGAAAACCGCGGGUUUCCUCCAGUGAGAUGGAUCGCAAGAUGGCUGACCGCCGCCUGAUCCGCCUUUCACAGGUACCGGAGCGUUUGACUCGGGAGAAGCUGGAGGACAGCGACUGGGUGACGUUUGCUGUGCUGGUCAGCAAGGCAACGCCGCAAAGCAACAGCAGUGGCAAAACCUUCAGCAUCUGGAAACUCAACGACCUCCAUAACCUGGAAGUGUUUGUGUCUCUGCUCCUUUUUGGUGAAGUCCACAAGGAGCACUGGAAGACUGAGCCGGGCACCGUCAUCGGAAUCCUCAACCCAAACCCCAUGAAGCAGAAAGAUGGAUAUGACGGGGUGAGUCUGACGGUGGAUCACCCGCAGAAGGUGCUGCUGAUGGGUGAAGCUCAGGACUACGGCACCUGCAAGGCCAUGAAGAAGAACGGAGACCCAUGUUCUCAGAUCGUCAACAUGUACGAAUGCCAGUUCUGCCAGUAUCACGUCAAGGCCCAGUAUAAGAAGAUGAGCUCGAAGAGGGCUGAGCUGCAAUCUUCGUUCUCUGGAAAAGCCCCCAACAAGGUGAAGGUGAAGGGAGGCAGCCUGAGAGAGCGGCUGUGUCAGGACGGCUUCUACUACGGUGGUGUUUCUUCAGCUGCCUGCGCUGCUUCACUGACUGCAUCCAAACCGAACAAACCCGCACAGAGAACUCUGGACAAGAUGUUUGUGAAGGGAUCUGCUCAGCUCGUCGAGCAGGCCAAGAGUCUCGCUAUGCAGUCUGGUGAAAUUUCAGGUUGCUCAAAUGACUUCAAGGACCUCAUGUUGAUGCCAACACGUGGAGCGCUGCAGCUGAAGAAGCACCUGGCACAGGGCAGCCAGUCAGUUUCCAAAGGUGCAGCUGGAGCUCCAGUUCAGUCCAUCUCAGCCUCAGACCUGCUAAAGCAGCAGAAGCAGAAGCAGAGGGAGUUUCUGGAGAACCGGCGGCGGAGAGCGGAUGAGAUCCAGAAAAGGGUGCUGCAGAACUCAGGUGUCGCCAGACCAGCACUGGGCCGAGGCGGUCUGAUGUCCCCGAAAGCUGCUUCAGAGGUUCCCAAGGCAACCCAAAGCCCUGCAGCACCCCACACCCCAACGCUGGGCCGAGGCUUCUCAGAGGGCGAAGACAUCCUCUUCUUUGAUAAAAGCCCGCCUCCUGCUCCCAGCGCUCUCAGCCUAUCGGCCGCCAAACUGGCUGCCCUGAGGAAGCUGAGGGCCAAAGGGGCGGGGCUUGAGAAGGAAGACCCCAACGCUGUGAAGAGGAAGAGGAGCAACAGCAGUGAGAUCAACACUCGAGUAGAGAAGAAUCGGACCUCUCCUAAUGGUGAAUCAUCCAGUAACGAAGAGGAGGAACCGGCCGAGAAAAAGAAAAGAGAUCAGCUCCGCUACAUCCAGUCAGAGGAGUUUCAAAAAAUCCUCAAUGCCAAAUCUCGCCAUGGUGCUGCACUUCAAGCGGCGGAGUACCAGCUGCAGGAGCGCUACUUCAACGCUCUGGUGAAGAAGGAACAGAUGGAAGAGAAGAUGAGGGGCAUCAGAGAGAUGAAGUGUCGAGCUGUCACCUGUAGAAAGUGCAGUUACACCUACUUCAAACCGGCGGACCGCUGUGUGGAGGAGAAUCAUGAUCUGCGGUGGCACGACGCUCUGAAACGUUUCUUCAAAUGUCCGUGUGGACAGAGAGCCAUCGCUCUGGACAGACUGCCACACAAACACUGCAGUAACUGUGGUCUGUUUAAAUGGGAGCGUGACGGGAUGCUGAAGGAGAAAAUGGGACCGAAGAUCGGCGGAGAGCUUCUGCAGCCUCGAGGAGAGGAACACGCCAAGUUCCUCAACAGCAUGAAGUGAUUUCAGGCUGUUGAGGGAAACAACGUGUAUUUAGGAUUUUGUCUUUGUAAUUUAAGGAUUUAAUAGCAUUUAUUUUAUCUGUCUAGCGAGUAUGUUUUUAAAGUUUGACAAUGUAUUCUUAUGGAUUAUCAUGAUUUGAAUGUUUGUGGCAAUAUUCGAUAUGCUGGGCUGAUUAAAACAAUUAUUUGCAA